CUUUGGGGUGAGAAGGCCAUUAAAAUGGAUACCAAAAGUGAAUGUUGGUGUUGCAAGAUCAAGAACAACCACACAAAACUCACUCCCUUCAAAUGCAAAUGCAUCAAGUUCAAACCUUCUUCUUCUUCCUCCUCCGAUGUCGGGGCACUGCACACGAGUCGGGAUGAUGAAUUGGGGGCGGAAAUGGAACUCCGGCCACCACCGUCCCCAAUGAAAAGCCUCUCCUCCUCUGCGUCGGACACGGGUCUGAGAAAGCGAGCUCUCCUAUGUGGGGUGAGUUACAAGAAUUGGAAGCAUAGGCUACAUGGCACAGUGAAUGAUGUGUUGAAUAUGCAAGAUUUGUUGAUCAACCAUUUCUCAUAUCUCAAACAAAACAUUCGUAUUCUUACAGAAGACGAAGCAAAUCCAGAGCGAAUUCCGACGAAGAAGAACAUUCAGAGCAGUCUAAAAUGGCUAGUGGAGGAUUGCUACGGAGGCGAAAGCCUGGUGUUCUAUUUCUCCGGUCACGGAUUGCGGCAGCCGGAUUUCGCAAUGGACGAACUCGACGGCUACGACGAGACCAUAUGCCCCGUCGAUUUCUUGGAGGAAGGAAUGAUUAGCGACAACGAAAUCAACGCCACCAUUGUUUCGCCUCUCAGAAGCGGCGUCAAUCUCCACGCCAUUGUGGACGCUUGCCACAGCGGAACCAUUCUGGAUCUCGCCUAUGUUUACGAUCGCACCAGGGAUGAGUGGAUCGAUAAUCGGCCGCCGUCGGGGGCGAGUAAGGCGACUAGCGGCGGAUUGGCGAUUUCUUUGAGUGCCUGUGGAGAUGAUCAGUUCGCUGCUGAUACUUCCAUAUUGACAGGAAAGUCGAUGAACGGAGCAAUGACAUUCAUUUUGAUCGACUUGAUAAAGACUUAUGGGAACGUUACAUAUGGACAUCUCUUGGAUUGCAUGCACAAUGCUGUUGAGAAGGCCAACAAACGAGGUUGUAUCGCCUUCCCGUUCUUCCGAAGAUUGUUUGGGUAUAAGCAAAUUCAGGUCACAUUAUUACUCUCUACUCUUCACUUUUUACUUUAUUUAUUUCCAAGUAACUCAAUUUUAACCUCCAACUUCGAACAUGUUAAUAAAAUUAACUCACCAACAAAGCUCUACUAAGUUCUCGAUGAGCCGAUGGUAGUAAGGGAGGGAAAAAUAUAACCUCAAACAUGUGAUAGAGAAGUCAGAACUGUACAUAGAAAUACAAACGCUACCAAAAAAGACUUAUCAUCUUUGCUAGUAGUAAAUGAAUCGAAAUGCUAACGGCAAGGUCUUACAACAUCGAUUUUUAAUGAAUAAUAAACUAAAAUUUGAAUAAAACUCGAAACAAGAAUUAUAAUAACAGUGAAAUUUAACGACAUAACGACUUAUUUAUUUUUAUUUGAUGUAAUGCAGGAACCUCUACUGUCUUCGUCAGAGAUGUUUGAUGUGCACAAGAAAAUAUUUACAUUGUAAUUAUAUUUCUUUUCUACGAACUGUGCAUUCUAAACCAAUAACUCCAAAUGUUCAAUGGAAGAUAUGGCAUCUCCUUCUAAAAGA